AUGUUCUCCCUUCUUAUGCUGUCUGUGUUGCUUUUCAUCUAUCGCGAUGAAUGCUUCUUCUCUUACAACAUCACCCACGUUGUGACCACCCGCCCCAUUCCCACCGAGGACGAGGUUCAUGCCUCGCACCACGAGCAGCAUGCUCAUGAGGAGCAGCCGCAGACGAUCAAUCCUUCCCUGCUCAACCGAUCUACCGACACUCGGCGGCGUCUAUUCGAUACCGGCACCAAGAGGACACACGCUCAACUGCAGGAUGACAGCCUCCGCCGGCCCAAGCCCAUGCGAAACAAUGACAUUCUGCACAAGGCCCGCGAUAUGGGCAAGAAGAUCUGGCCCUUGGAGAAAUUUCAGAGGAUGCUCGAGAUCCUUCUGCAGCCUGACCCUCAUGCUGCCGUGGCCAUCGCACAUGCCGGCAAAGACGAUGCUGGUCGGCACGGCUUGGGGGGCAAGAAGGCGGCCGAAGAGCCAAACCUGUCCCAGCUCCUGCAGCGGGAGCGACUUAACGGACCUUCUGACCGAGACCCAACCGUCGCCAGCCGCGAGCUGAUCCAGUUCAGAGGACCUUACAUUUAUGUUUACGACAUGGACGAGAAGCAAAAGCCCAUCAUGGUGCGCGAGUACCCGAGGGCCAGCAAGUAUGAGGGAGAGUGGCCGCAGUUCAGAACCGUCACCGAUGGACGCUGCCCCUUCGUGGAGGAAGUUGACCCCGUCGACCGUGCAGCGAGGAAGUCUCGGGCCGAAGAGAAGGAGAGGGCCGCCAGGCGUGUCAUCGAAGCUCGCCCCAGCCUACAGCCUCCUGAGGCGCAGGCGCCGAAAGCCGUCAUUGGUAAGCGAACUCUGGCUGAGAUGCAGAACGGUCAGGAGCAGGUCCGCGCUACCUCUGUGAACCCCGCCGACGUCUUCAAGGCGCCCAAGACGAUCGAGUCCAAGCCGUCCGACUUUGGUUUUGUCAGCCGAGCGCCUGCCGGCCGCUUCCUUGCCGGAGAGCCUGUCGCAUCAGGUGUCCAGCCGUCCAAUGUCACUUCUGCCAUUCGUUCUCAGAUGAUCUCAUCAGCCACCGGUACCGGCGCCGCCAAGGCGGGCACGAGCAAGGAGAUUCAUGGACUUCAGCGCAAGGUUCUCCAGAGAGGCACAUCCUAUUCGCAAGACCCCAGCUCUCGGCGACCCGACCUCAGUGUCGAUGUCGCAUCUAGCAGAUCCGGGAGCACCGCUGAGUUGAGGCAGACGCGGGCCAGCACCAAGGCGCAGUCGGCCCUGCCCCAGAAGAGCAAACGGGAUCUCAAGCCUGGCUAUUGUGAGAACUGUCAGGACAAAUUUAAGGACUUCGAUGAGCACAUCCUUUCUCGCAAGCACCGCAAAUUCGCCGAAAACCUCGACAACUGGGCCGAGCUCGAUGAGCUUCUGGGGAAGCUCGAACGACAACGCUGUAAACCUCGCUCACAAUACUACAGCGAGUGGCAGGCUGCACUCUGAUGCGGACCUAUCUCGCCUUUCUCCUGCCUCCCACAACCUCUUCGCUUUGACUUCUCGAUUAUCUGCCCUUCUCCGCUUCGGCUACUCAACGAUACCCUAAUUCCAACAACCAAUCAACCAGUCCUCAGCACACGGAACGUGCUUUGUUUUUCAUCAUUACUGCGCGAGCCAUGGCCUUCCCCUCACACGAGGAAGCCAUCAAUAAGAUACCACUUGGUUCAGCAUUGUCGUCCCUCGAGACUUCAUUCAUCUUCACCUUCCCUUCGAUUUUUUGCGUC